AUGGUUGAAUACGUUCCUCCCCCCGAAGACCUUUCCCACCUCAACGCCAUCCAGAGGUAUAUGCAAAAGGGCACUCUCGAUAAACAGGAUUAUAUCUGGCUCAUCCUAGUUGUGUUUGCCUAUUUUACUGCGAGGCCAUACAUACAAGAGUUGUUCAAGCGCUUUUUCAGUCCCGACGAGUACAAAGAGGGGGAGCAAAUUCGUGAAGACUACGAGCAGUCCAAGGCAAAGGUGGGACCGAACUCUAUACGAGGCAUCGAGUCAGCGGAGUCGACUGCCAUGACUGAACCAUCGGGCGAGACUAUGGCCUCCGGUAGCAGUAUCGGCAAGGGCAAGGUCGUGAAUCGAAAAACGAAAGACAAGUCUGAGGUGGACAAGCUUCUGGACUGGGAUGACGAGCCACCAAGAAAGCCAUCCGAGGGAGAUAAGGAAGACGUUGUGGCAUGGCUCGAUAAAUGGGGGGAUGAAUGA